GAAGGAUGGGACCCAUUCUUCCGUCACCCUUCUCGCAAACGACAUCUCCCAUUUUCUCUCUCCUCCCCCACAUAGUAUCAUCCCCUCACCUUCACCUACUUAGAUUCCCCUCUCUCCUCUUCCCAGAUUCUCCCUUCCCUAAUUCUAGAAUCAUCAACCUUUCCAAUUCCAGAAUUUAUUAAUUAGUUUUUUUUUUUCCAGUGUUUGUUACACUGAUUUUAGCUCACUAAUUUGAACAAUUUGAAUUUUUCGAAGGAUUUGAAGCUUCGUCAAUGGCGAUUGAUGAUGAUACUGAGAGUUGUAGCAGUAGGCCGCUUCAUUUUUCGCCGAAAACGCCGAGAAAUCAUCAGUAUUUGAAGCUGGAAGUGUUUAAUGAUGUUCUUCGUAGGCUACAAGAUUCUGAUUGUUGUGAUGCUAAACUUCCUGGGUUUGACGAUCAGCUUUGGGCUCACUUCAAUCGUCUUCCUGCUAGAUAUGCAUUGGAAGUGAAUGUGGAGAGAGCGGAAGAUGUGUUGACGCAUUUGAGAUUAUUGCGUCAAGCGGAAGAGCCUCCUAAUAUAUUUGCUUACGACGUCCGUGUUGUACAGGUCAAUCUCACUACAAAUGGACAUUUUGGUGAUUCUUUCGACUCACAUUCUAUGGAUGAAGGUAGUCAUGGUUCUGUCAAGAAUUCUGUUGGUCUGGGACUCUCACUCAGCCUGCACCCACCACCUAUAUUCAGUUCAUUACAAAGUCUCGAGACUCAUGGUGUAAGAUAUGAUGUCGAGGAUAAAGAUAGCUUUGUAAAUGCUACCAUCUUGCAGUCCACAAGGGCAAUGCAUGAAAUCACCUUUUCUACUAUUGACAAACCAAAACUCCUUAAUCAGCUGACUUCCUUAUUAUCUGAGAUGAGCCUGAACAUUCAAGAGGCCCAUGCCUUUUCCACAGUUGAUGGCUACUCUUUAGAUGUUUUUGUGGUUGAUGGUUGGCCGCAUGAGGAAACUGAGCAGCUUAGAAGUUUACUGGGCAAUAAAAUACAAAAAAUGAAGGAUCCCCUUUCGUCGGAAGCUGUUAGUGACCAUCAUCAUGAAACAGUUCCAUAUGGUCCUAAAAACAUAAAGGGAACAACAAACAAAAUUGAUGAAGCUGAAAUUGAUCAGAGCCUUCUAAAAGUAGGAUACAAAGUGGGAUCUGGCUCACACGGUGAUUUGUACAAAGGGACAUACUGUGAUCAGGAAGUUGCUAUCAAGGUUCUAAAGUCUGGGCAUAUUAAUACAGAUGUGGUUAAAGACUUCUUCCAAGAAGUUAAAAUAAUGAGGAAACUUCAGCACAAGAAUGUCGUGCAAUUUAUAGGUGCUUGUACAAAACCUCCGAACCUUUUCCUUGUGACUGAAUUCAUGCCAAAAGGGAAUUUGUAUGAUUUCAUGCAUAAGAGAAAGGGUGUGUUCAAACUACAAUCACUACUCAGGGCAGCUAUUGAUGUUUCCAUGGGAAUGGAGUACCUCCACCAGAAUAAUAUUGUACACAGAGACCUUAAAACUGCCAAUCUGCUUAUGGGAGAAGAUGGGGUUGUUAAGAUUGCUGACUUUGGAGUUGCUAAAGUACAAACACAAUCAGGAGUCAUGACAGCUGAAACAGGAACUUAUAGGUGGAUGGCCCCAGAGGUUAUUGGACAUAAACCCUAUGACCAUAAAGCAGAUGUCUUUAGUUUUGGGAUAGUAAUCUGGGAGCUUCUUACUGGCGAACUUCCAUACUCUUCCUUGACCCCAUUGCAAGCUGCAAUUGGAGUAGUCCAAAAGGGGCUGCGACCUGCUAUUCCAAAGCAUGUUCAUUCGAACCUAGCUGAUCUGCUGGAGAGAUGUUGGCACCUGGACCCUACCCUUAGACCCAAUUUCUCGGAAGUUAGUGGGGUUCUGCAGCAAAUAGCCAAAGAGGUAGUAGAAGUUGAUAGUUGCCAAAAUUAAUCUUCUUCCCAAAAAAUGCUUCUUAUCAAAGUGUGCCCUUCGGAAAUGAUGCAGAUCUCUCUCAGUAGAUUGUAUAAUAUUUUCAUUAGAUUGUAUAAUAUCUUGCGUGACUAACAAAUGGAAUGGAUCCUACUGAAACUGACUAACAACUCGCAUGGCAGAGAGAUGCUAUUUGUAGAAAUAUAUGUCGACCAACAUGUAGGCUAUAAUAUAUGUACACAUAUUCUAAUUGUGUGAAUAUCCACUUGUAUCUAAGACAAACGAAUGCUAAUUGAAUGGAGUGCUAAAAAUUUUGGAUUUGGAUAA